CCGGUGGGCUCCGGGGCGGCGGUGCCGCCGCCGCCGCCGCGCGCAUGCGCGAGGCAGGGAGGCCGGGCUGCCGUGCCGCCGGUGCCCCCGCGCCCGCCCGGGGGUUGCCGCGGGGAGGAUGAACUGGCUGUUCCCCCUCGCCAAGGGCGGCGGGUCCUCCUCGCCCGCCGCGCCGCUGCCCGCCCUCACCAGCCUCCAGCAGCAGAAGCAGCGGCAGAUCGAGUCCCUGCGCGGCGCCCACGCCUCCAUUGCAGAAAUUCAGAAAGAUGUGGAAUAUCGGCUGCCAUUCACUGUAAACAACUUGACAAUUAAUAUUAACAUCUUGCUUCCACCUCAGUUUCCUCAGGAAAAACCAGUCAUCAGUGUUUUCCCACCUGUGAGACAUCAUUUAAUGGACAAGCAGGGAGUAUAUGUGACCGGCCCAUUAAUAAGUAAUUUUACAAUGCACUCGGAUCUUGGAAAAAUUAUUCAAAGUUUACUGGACGAGUUUUGGAAGAAUCCUCCAGUUCUGGCUUCUAGCUCAACAUCAUUUCCAUACCUUUUCAACAAACCAGCUGGAAUGCCUCCUUAUGCUCCUCAGGGGUUUCCAUUUCUUCCGCCAUACCCACCUCAAGAAACAAAUAGAACAAUGGCAGCUGUGCCUGUUGCUGAAUCAGUUUCUUCAAGCUACACUACAGACAAGCCUGCUGCUCCCUCUUACGGCUUUAUUGCUGAUCUGCCACUACCUGUUCCGACAGCAGAAGCAGUGCUUCAGGUUGGCCAGAAUGGAUUUACUUACAAGAUGCCUGAUGUUCCUGAUACUUUUCCAGAACUCUCAGAACUCAGUAUAUCGCAGCUGACCAGUAUGAACGAGCAAGAGGAAGUGUUACUGGAACAGUUUGUGACUCUGCCACAGCUGAAGCAAGUCCUUACUGAUAGAGAUGAAUUAGUGAAAAGCAUUGAAGAGCUGGCAAAAAAAAACUUGUUGCUGGAGCCUAGUCUCGAGGCAAAAAGACAGAUGGUAUUGGAUAAAUAUGAGCAGCUCACACAGAUGAAAGCAGCCUUUGAAAAAAAGAUGCAAAGACAGCAUGAACUUAGUGAGAGUUGCAGUCCAAGUGCUCUGCAAGCCAGACUUAAAGUAGCUGCGCAUGAAGCUGAAGAGGAAUCUGACACUAUUGCAGAAGACUUCUUGGAAGGCAAAACAGAAAUAGAUGACUUUCUUAGUAGUUUCAUGGAAAAGAGAACGCUCUGCCACUGUAGACGAGCCAAAGAGGAAAAACUUCAACAGGCAAUAGCAAUGCACAGCCAAUUUCAUAUUCCGCUAUAGACUUCCUGCAAACUACACCUGCCAAGAGAAAGAGUGAAAAACCCAAUAAAGCACACUUUUUAAUAACUAUUAUUUGCAAAUAAGCAUUUCAUCUUAUAUGGUUGUAUUUAUAGAAGAGAUUGUAUACAGAGUUGGGAUGGUUUUUGUACAAAUUAGAAUGUCUCUUUAUAUUCUCACUGUAGUCAAGAAUCCUUCUAUUGCAAUCUUUGCACUAAUUUCUUGUAUUUAUUGUUGAUAGUUCUUAUGAUAUUUGAGUUCCUGCUGCUAUACUCCAUUCUUCAGAGAUUAAAUACCUAAACAUGUAAUUUUGACUAGCUUUUUACAUUUUUAUAAAAAACAUAAUUCAUAUAUUUUGUAUUUUGAACUUUAAACAUAGAUUUGGCUUGAUCUGUGGAAGAGUUUGAGAUAAGUGGUGAUAGGACUUUGGAAACUGAAGAAGUUCAUAAUUUGAGAUUGUCAGUGGAUUCACAAGCUGUCCUUUCUUGAAGCCAAAAUGUUUAAGAAAAAGUUUUUUACUUUUAAGUAAUAAUACAAAACUAAGUAUAGCCUGUAUUGUGUUCUGGGUAAGUAUAUUUGGAUUAAGCAAAGGAUGUGUUGGAACAAAUUAUAAUGGAAUCAAAAUAGAAUAAAUGGUCUCUGUGUA